GAUUGCGGCCGAUAACAGCCUGCGUUGAAAUUUUAAAGUUUUCCCUUCCAAUUUCACAAUUGCAAUAAUUUUACCAAUUGAUUGACUGCAAAAUGGAGAAGUUCGUGCGGGACACGCUGUCCAAGUGCCUAGACUGCGUGGUCACGGACCAAAUGAUGGCCGCCAUACUGAGCAUCAAGGAUGACUACGAGUUCGACAGCUACUUUGGCAAUCUGCUGAGCAAGGACGACGAGGAGCACCGCAUGUUCCUGCUGAACUGCCGCCGGAUGCUCCUGAGUGGCAAGCAGCCCAGGAACAAUGGCAAAAGUCGCACGCCCACCAAACAACUGGCGCCCACAUCGUCGCCAAAGGUUCAGCAGUCAAAUCCAGGGAGCCAGGGGGCCAAAGGCAAGUCGGGAAAGUAUGUGAAUCUCUAUGCCAGCGAUGGCCGGGUUCAGGGCGACACCAUACUGCUGAAGGGCCGCAGGCACUGCGACUGCCAGGCGGCCCAGCACAAGCUGAUCAACAAUUGUCUCGGCUGCGGCAGGAUUGUCUGCGAGCAGGAGGGCAGUGGUCCCUGCCUGUGCUGCGGCGAUCCCGUCCACACGCCCGAGGAGGAGCAGCAGCUGGCCAAGGCUGUCAGGGAGAAGGGCGGCUCAAAGGCCACGGCCUCCAAGCAGGGCAAGAAGAACACCAAGGAGGCGCUGGACAAGGCCCUGGCCCAAAGGGAUCGCCUCCUGGAGUACGACAAGAACAGCGAGAAGAGAACCACGGUCAUAGACGAUGAGCUGGACUACUUCCAGGAGAACUCCGUUUGGCUGAGCGAUGUGGAGCGCGAGAAGUUCGAGAAGCUGAAGAGCGAGAUGCAGGACAUGAAGCACGGCAGUCGUCUGAAGCGCAAGAUCCGCGUGGACUUUGCUGGCCGGGAAUUGCCGGAGGAGCCGACCAUUUCCAAGGAGUACGAGCAGCAGGUGAUCAGCGAACUGGCGGCCGUGUCCAAAUCCUCGGGUGGCGGUUCCAACUGGAGUGCAAACUCGAUCACGGGCCACUCCGCCAUGUCGCUGGCACCCAACUUGGACAUGGCCAAACCGCCGGUCUACAAGCCCAGCAAGGAGUCCAAGACGUGGCCAGCUCCCGCGGCUGCCAGCGAUGGGCUGGAGAGGAUCUACAAUCGGGUGCAGGACAAGGAGCUGCUGGAAAUGCAGGACAUGCGCCAGUGCCUGUCGAUGCACCAGCCCUGGGCUUCCCUGCUCGUAGCGGGCAUUAAAAAGCACGAGGGACGCGUGUGGUACAGUGAGCAUCGUGGCAGAUUGUGGAUAGCUUCCACCUCCAAGGAACCGCAUGCCGACGACAUUGCCCAAAUGGAGGGCUUUUACAAGGUGCUUUAUGGCGAUCCGGAUAUCAAGUUCCCCAGUCAUUAUCCCACCAGCAGUCUGCUGGGCUGCGUCCACGUGGACAGUUGCCUGCCGCAGGAGGAGUACAGGGAGGUGUUUCCCAACGGAGAAUCCGAGAGUCCUUAUGUCUUUGUCUGCACCAAGCCAGAGCAGCUGAACAUUCUGCUUCCCGUUCAGGGCGAUCACAAGAUAUAUGAACUGCCGCUAAAAACUCACAUGGCCGCCUGCAAAACGUUGCUUAGAGCCAGGGCCAACAAGGGUUAAGGUUAAGGAUCAUUUUCAAAUACAUUCUUAUGCGCUGAAAGCCAGAAAUGCAUUGUGAAGGUUUUGUUUUUUAUUUAAAAACUAGAAAAAUUAUAAAUUCCUAGAGUUUCUCAGAAAAAUAAAUUGAAAUAGAUGGAUUAUUACCUUAUA